GCAGACCCUGCACAGGGGGAGGCGCAGCAGUCACCCCGACUACUCCCGUGCACGUUGUGAGUAGUAGUGCGCUCCCCGCCUCAGCGUCCUCCAUCUCUCCUCCUCCUUCCCGCCCCCUGGACUAGAGAGCUGCUGUGCGGGGAGGGAAGGAGAGCAUAGGGCCGGACCCUGGAUGUGUCAGCCUGUGAUUCCUGCAGGAGGAGGGAAGAGAUCAAGGUGCAGGGGCCGGAGCGACAUGGACUGAGUGCUGGCCGGCCCUCCGCGUCCCAUGGCCGCAGUGUGAGGAGGACGCUCUCCCGCGUCCCCCGGCGUCGUCCCUCUGAGGAGCAAGUAACUUAUGUGAGGGGCUCGGAGGAGAUCAGGUAGAAUGGGUUGUAUCAAGAGCAAGCAGGACAAAGGUCCAUCGAUAAAAUACAGAUCUGAACCCAAGCAAGAACCUAUUACCCAGUAUGGCGGUGACCCCACACAAGCUGCCCAGUCGACAGCAGUUAAAGGACCACCCACAAACUUCAACAGUCAUUCCAUGACACCGUUCGGCGGGUCUUCCGGAAUGACUCCCUUUGGAGGAGCGACUUCCCUAUUUUCACCAGUGCCAGUUUCUUACCCCGGAGGGUUGACCGGGGGUGUCACAGUCUUCGUUGCCUUAUAUGAUUAUGAAGCUAGAACAUCAGAAGAUCUUUCCUUUAGGAAAGGUGAAAGAUUCCAGAUCAUCAACAACACAGAAGGAGACUGGUGGGAAGCCAGAUCAAUAGCCACUGGAAAAACAGGUUAUAUACCCAGUAAUUACGUAGCCCCAGCGGACUCCAUCCAGGCUGAAGAGUGGUAUUUUGGCAAAAUGGGGAGGAAAGAUGCAGAGAGAUUGCUUCUCAGCCCAGGAAAUCAGAGAGGGACGUUUUUAGUCAGGGAGAGUGAAACCACUAAAGGAGCUUUUUCACUAUCCAUCCGGGAUUGGGAUGAAGUGAGAAAUGACAAUGUGAAGCACUACAAGAUCAGGAAACUUGACAAUGGAGGAUACUAUAUCACUACUCGGGCACAAUUUGAAUCACUACAGAAACUUGUAAAACACUACUCCGAACAUGCCGAUGGCUUGUGCUACAGGUUAACAACCGUGUGCCCCACUGUGAAACCACAAACCCAGGGAUUAGCCAAGGAUGCAUGGGAAAUUCCUAGAGAAUCUUUGAGACUUGAAGUUAAAUUGGGUCAAGGAUGUUUUGGUGAAGUUUGGAUGGGAACUUGGAACGGAACCACGAAAGUAGCAAUCAAAACACUAAAGCCUGGGACAAUGAUGCCUGAAGCCUUCCUGCAAGAGGCGCAGAUCAUGAAAAAACUCCGGCAUGAUAAACUAGUUCCCCUUUACGCUGUGGUGUCUGAAGAGCCCAUCUACAUUGUUACAGAGUAUAUGUCAAAAGGAAGCCUAUUAGACUUCCUUAAAGAGGGGGAUGGGAAGUAUUUGAAGCUACCACAGCUGGUUGACAUGGCUGCACAGAUAGCAGAUGGCAUGGCGUAUAUUGAAAGGAUGAACUAUAUCCACCGAGACCUGAGAGCUGCUAACAUCUUGGUGGGAGACAAUCUUGUAUGCAAAAUUGCUGACUUUGGCCUGGCCAGAUUGAUAGAAGAUAAUGAGUACACAGCAAGACAAGGAGCAAAAUUUCCCAUCAAGUGGACUGCUCCUGAAGCUGCAUUAUAUGGGCGAUUUACCAUAAAGUCUGAUGUCUGGUCAUUUGGGAUCCUCCUGACAGAGCUGGUUACCAAAGGAAGGGUGCCCUAUCCAGGGAUGGUGAAUAGGGAAGUGCUGGAACAAGUGGAGCGGGGCUACCGAAUGCCCUGUCCUCAAGGCUGCCCAGAAUCACUGCAUGAAUUAAUGAAGCUGUGCUGGAAGAAGGACCCGGAUGAAAGACCAACCUUUGAAUAUAUUCAGUCCUUUUUAGAAGACUACUUUACAGCAACAGAGCCACAGUACCAACCUGGAGACAAUCUAUAAGAUUAAAGACUAGAUGUCAAAUGCACAAAUCUGCCAAAAGUAUAAGCAAGACUUUGCAUAAGUUUUUACCUGUGUCUAUGGGGGAAAAGAGUCAUGAUCACUCUGCAUGCUUAUGGCGAACUGGAAAUCCACAGUACAGUUGCACAAAACCACUUUGGAAGUAUUGUAAAUGGACAAAUCAGGUGAAUCGGAACAGUUCCCAAAGAAACGUGUGUCUGUAUUGAUGGUGAAGAAAGCCAUUAGAAGAAUAGCAUCCAGCCCAGAAGUACAUUUCAAGAAAAAAGAGGCUUGCUGGACCAAACAUUUCAUUCCUCUUCAAAAAGUUUUUUUUAAUUUGUAUUAAACACUAAUCAUCCUCUAAUCCGUUUAUUUUGUUGACACUCAGACUGGCAAUAGAUCCCUGCCAUACAUACAAAGGCCUGUCAGGGGACGUAAUGGGACUUUGGAUCCCAGUCAUUAAAUCUGAGUUUCUGAAGGUUUUAAGUGCAAACAUAUAUGUAAUGAAUCGUACUAAAAGCAAUUAACUGGUGGGGGUGAAAGAUACGUUUUUCUUACAUGGCGUUGCUGUGGGUGGCACCAUUGUCACUGUUGUCCUUUAGGGAACUGAGCACCUUAUUCUUGCUCACUGCAGUAUCACGGGUUUUGCCUUUAAAGGCUUUUAUACUGCGCUGAAUGUCUCUAAAGAAUUGCAGGUCCAGGGUGUGGUUGGUGGCCUAUGGGUAAGCUUGGGUGAGCAUCUGCAAAAUCAUCAGCGGGGUUAAUCAGGAGUGGUGAGUAAAAGUGGAGAUAAUCCUGUGUAUGCAAUCUUUUCGAUUAUUUUCUGGAUUGGGAUUAAAGGGGUAUUACCGUUUCAUAAAAUAAGGCUUUAUGUACUUUCUGUAUGUAUUCCUUACAGUUUUCAAGAUCUCUGUCUGCAGGCAUACAAUAGAAACCUUCAUUUUUGUUGUUGUUCUUUCAGGGGUUAAAAAUCCAGGUCUGGGCCAUGUAACGAACACACAGUGAUGAGAGCUGUGCCUUCUAACAUGCACACGUGUGAUCAGCACAUGGCCAGGAUAGAUUGUCAGCUAGCAGAGAUGCUGAAAACCAUGACCUAUUGCUGCAGAGAUUUGGUGGGAAUUGUGUGAUGAUCACUUUCCCCCUCAUAUCGGCACCUGAAUGCCCUAUGACAUAACGUGGGGGGGGGGGCUCCAUUAGUGCAGGAUUUCUGCGAUUGCACUUUGGCUUUUCUUUGAUUACCGUGAACAUUAGCGGGAGGUGACUGGAGACAAAAUGUGAAUGUUUUUAAUGACUGUACGCAGACUUAAUUUACUGUGGUUAAAGCAUAAGAACCCCCAGUGUGUAGCUGGACGGUCACAUAUGCUCAUGAAAAAUUUCACUAUUUCAGCUGACACAUAUCUGGCAAUAAAUUAACUUUUAUUUUUUUUUAAUUUUUUGGGGAGUUUAAUUAGUUUUCUCAUGAAUAUGCUUAUGUAACAAUACAUCUUUUCUGGUAUAUCCUCUGCUACAUUUGAUGAUGUAACCUGUAAAGCUUUUGAGAUGCGUUCUCCAUAGCAGGAAGGCCUUUGGUAAUGUAUUUUGUUUACAGCGCCUGAAAUGUUUCUUUACUGGCGGUGCCAUCAUCCCGCUUUAUUACCUGCUUUCUGUUUAACGAGGCAGAUCGUUUUUUUAAAGGGCUUUAUACAGAAACUAUGGAAUUGUAUCUUUUUUAUAAGUUUUUUCAAAGCCAAUUUAACGCAAAUUCUUUAAGUUUGUGUACUAAGUAACAGGAAAGCGGUGUUUGCCAACUAUUCACUGUUUUCCCAACUAAACAAAAUCAUGUCAUACGGUUUGUAUAGUAAAGGAUUAAAACACUAAUUAGUGCGUUUUCUUUAGUGAUUAUGAUGAUACAUAUCUAAUGGACAUGAGAGGCUAUACAUAUAUUUAACACCAUUUUAUGUUACACUCGAUGCCUGUAGAACAGCAGGUAAACAGUAUGUAAAAUAAAACAGUUUUUUACAAAGAUAA